ACUCAAUUUCUUCUAUAUAGGGUAGCCGCUCUCGAACUGCUCCUCACGAACUUGACUUUGUAGUCUGGAGAUAAGGCGUCGAAUAUCGUGCACAGGUAUAUGCCCGCGCUCAAUCAGUUGCGUCUCCAAGCUGCUGCCGGCAGAACUGCCUACCCCGCAUCUGCUGCCAUUGUCUCAUCACGGCGAGGUAUCCCUACUUACGCCCGCGAGCUGUCCAGCAUCUCCAGCAUCCCCCAGCGAUCAAACACCAGCUCAUCCCGGCUCUCCACAAACAAUCACCCCUCAGCUAGAACGCCGACGACGCAAACAGUUGCCAAGAUGUCGACUAUGCCCGCCACCCACGGCCACAAUGAGGCCUGCUGCAACAUCCCGCCCGUGGUGUCCACGGGCUACAGCGCCAAGGGCUCCUACGACGAGGUCGACGGCCUGAAGACAUACGUGACCGGCCCUGCCGACGCUAACAAGGGAAUUGUCGUCAUUUACGAUAUUUUUGGCUACUUCGACCAGACCGUCCAAGGUGCCGACAUCCUGGCAACAAGCCACCACCAAAAGUACAAGGUGUUCAUCCCGGACUGGUUCAAGGGCGAGCCCUGUCCCAUUGAGUGGUAUCCACCCAACACGCCCGAGAAGCAGAAGAACCUGGGCGCCUUCUUCGGCAAAAACCCACCUGCCGGCGUGGCCAGCAAGUUGCCCGAGUUCGUGAAGGCCUUGCAGGCCAAAAACCCCUCGGUCAAGUCGUGGGGCAUCGUUGGCUUCUGUUGGGGCGGCAAGGUCGUCAGCCUGGUGACCUCGUCCGACGCGAACCCGUUCUCCAUCGGCGCCGAGUGCCACCCGGCCAUGGUGGACCCCAAGGAGGCCGAGACGAUCAAGGUGCCGCUGGCGCUGCUGGCGUCCAAGGAGGAGCCGCACGACAAGGUGAAGCAGUUCGAAGAGAACCUCAAGACCAGCGCGAAGCACGUCGAGACCUUCGGCGACCAGAUCCACGGCUGGAUGGCCGCCCGCGCGGACCUGUCCAACGACCGCGUCAAGGCCGAGUACUCGCGCGGCUACAAGACGGUUCUGGAUUUCUUUGGGAAGCACUGGCCGUGAGUCUUCCUUUGCCUUUUUGAUGUGAGAAUAAGGACGUUGUCGAUGAGGGUCGGAGGGGCCGGCUAAGAUGGAAUAAGGGGUACAUGUGCUGGUCUCUCGGCCAAGGUUCGCUUGUAAUGAGGUUGUGAAGUCUACGUCGGUGCUCGAAGCAACACAAGGAUGAACAAACAAACAGAAAAAGAAAAAAAAUGCGUAAAAUAGUCGCGAGGUCAUCCAAACACGAGGUUUUCAGUCUGUUCUUCCCU